UUGUAUUUGACCCCAAAGUUUCUUGGGAGUUCUUUCUUCUAUGCAAUCAAAACCAAAUUAACUCCGUCGUGUUAAACACUUAGGCCUACCAGUUUUUCUAUUAACCUCUGUUAUCCAGGUCUGGUUUCUUUGUCUCUCAUGUAAUAUUUAAUGAAAUGCAAUACUAACUGAAUGGAAUCGGUGGGGAAAAUCGAUAUCCGUUUAUUUCAGCGCGUCCAAGUUAUGAUUUACAGCCGUCUGUAAACCGCCUCCUUCCCCGGGCGCCCCCUCGGUCACCCAACCUGUCGCUCUUAUGUCAAUACACGCCCCGGCCUAUAUUACUUCAAAACCCGUUCAUCAUUUCAUUAAAUUACAACACCGAGACUUUCACUGAAUAAAGAACGAGAAAAUCAGUCAGGCUGUAGCCUCUUCCAGCAAAUCCAGAACCAUCUACUUGCAACCUUUGUGACAGUAUCUUUUCCAACAUGGCAGCGAUGGGCACUCAUGGGACAAUUGUUGUAUCUGAGAGCUUCAACCCUGAGGCAGAUGCCAAGAAGCUGAGGGCAGCCAUGAAGGGAAUAGGCACCAAUGAGGGGGCCAUUAUUGAGGUGCUGGCCCACCGCACCAAUGCACAGAGGCAGCUCAUCAAGGAGGCUUUCAAACGUUCAUUUGGGAAGAACCUGGUGGAUGAAUUGAAGUCGGAGCUGUCUGGAAACUUUGAGAAAGUGGUACUGGGUCUGUUGAUGCCGUCCCCUGUCUAUGACGCCUACGAGUUGAAAAAUGCCAUUAAGGGAGCUGGGACAGAGGAAGCCUGCCUCAUUGAAAUCCUAGCCUCUAGAAGUGGUGAAGAAAUAGAGGCUAUUAAAGCCACAUACACCAAAGAAUAUGGCAGGAGCCUGGAGGAGGAUAUCUGUGGGGACACUUCCGGAAUGUUCCAGAGAGUCCUGGUGUCCCUGUUGACGGCUGGACGCGACCGAGGCUCCUUCGUCAAUGAGGCGCAGGCCUUGCAGGACGCCAAGGACAUUUUUGAGGCUGGAGAGGCCCAAUGGGGCACAGACGAGGCUACAUUCCUGACCGUGCUGUGCGUUAGAAACAGGAACCACCUCCUCCGAGUGUUUCAGGAGUAUAAGAGGAUCUCUGGCCGGGACAUUGAAGAGAGCAUCAAGAGAGAGAUGUCUGGCAAUCUGGAGAACAUCUUCCUGGCUAUAGUAAGCUGCAUCAGGAAAAAGCCGGCCUUCUUCGCGGAGCAGCUCUACAAAUCCAUGAAGGGGGCAGGCACCGCCGACAGCACCUUGAUCCGAAUCAUGGUGUCCCGUGCCGAGGUCGACAUGAUGUACAUUAAACCGGAGUUUGCCAUGUUGUGUGGCAAGAGCCUCCACUCCUACAUCAAGGACGACACUUCAGGUGAUUACCGCACCAUUCUGCUGGAGCUCUGCGGCGGAGGGGGCAAAUGAUUGACCCUGGGGCAGCUGUGAUGUCAUUACUGUCGGUGACCAGAGGCUCCCAGAAGUCUCUCCUUUUCCAUUACCUUGAUUAUUGAUGCGUUUUUCUACUACU